AUGGCGGUCCUGUUGAUGUUCCACGAUAGCAAUGCUAGCUUUGAGCCGGGCGGCUGGCUUGGGGAGCCCCCGCGCUCGGCCGAGCCGCUGCUGAACGUGCAGGUCUACCCCCGCAUGAACCUAUACACCGAGGACGACCAAUUCGCCUCGUUUAUAGUCGAUGCGGCUCUCUCCCAUACAAACGGAGAAGCGAUCUACCCUAGCACCUUCGACAAAUCCACCAACGCCACCACGCCCUUCUCCCACCUGUACAUUGACAUUUCCGUCUCCGACAAUGGAUUGGCUCUGGUCUCGAACAGCAAUGUGUCGAUCAACUCUACCGGCAACGAAUUCAGCUUUUCGCUGGGUAAGCUCAAGGCGCAAUACGACCCGUACAACAUCACCCUCGUUAGCGCCUCUCGCGACGGCAAUCAGUCGUACCUGGCAACUACGCAGCUGUACAAGCUGCCCGCCCGGACCGAUGGCGGCAGCGUAGCAAAGCUGGACAAACUGUACGGCGGCAUCUACACCCAGGACUACCUGACCAACAGCACCGCCUGGACUGCCAUCAUGCCGUAUUCUUUCUACGUCUCCUGGGACGGCUGGCUCGAAAACUCGCUUGUGAACAAUACGCAUACUUUCAAAAACUAUGGCUACAACAUCAUCCACGUCGUGCCCAAUGCCGGCCUGGCCAACCAGGCCUUCAAUUUCACCGAGUUCGACGCGUUCCUCGACAUCUGCGACGAGCUGCAGCUAUGGGUCAUGUACGACAUGCGGUGGACGUACAAGAACCUGACCUCAGUAACGGAACAAGUCAACCGGGUCAAGAGCCGCAAGAGCCUGCUGCUCUGGUACACAGGCGACGAGCCGGACGGGGCGUCGGACACGCUCAACGCAACCAAAGACACAUACGACACGAUCAAGCAGCUAGACCCAUACCACCCGGUGUCGCUGUGCCUCAACUGCUACAACUUCCACUACGCCAACUACUCCGCCGGCGCCGACAUCAUCCUCUCGGACGUGUACCCCAUCGCCGUCAACACGUCCUUCUCGACGCAGUACGGCACCGCGUGCAACACGACCUACGGCUGCUGCGGCUGCGACGACUGCGCCGGCGACUUCGAGGACGUCUCGGACCGCCUCGACGUCUUCCGCCAGUACCAGUCCUGGCUGGGGCAGGAGCCCAAGGCCUUUUGGGGCGUGCCGCAGGCCUUUGGCAACGAGACGUUUUGGUCGCGGUAUCCGACGGCUGACGAGGAGGCCGUCAUGGCUGCGCUGUCGGUCAACCACGGCGCCAAGGGCAUCGUUGGCUGGGCCUGGCCCACGCAGCCGCACCUUGCCGAUGUGACGUCGGGCUUGGCUAGGGUGCUGGCCGCGGGCGACGUGGCUGAGUGUUUGCUUGGCGCGAAGACGACGGCCCUUGGGGUGGAGGGAAGGGACCGCGUCGAUGCCGCUGCGUGGGUGCUGCCCGGUGCGGAUAAGAUGCUGGUGUCGAUUGUCAGUCUGGAGUAUGUUGAGACGUCGGAGAAUGUCACGGUCAAGCUGCCGGCCUUGGCAAGUGGGGUUAAGAGUGUGGAGUGGGGUCCAGGCGAAUGGACGGUGAGCGGGAGCACACUGUGGAAGAAGGGGAUGACGGGGCUAGAGGUGGAUCUGUUAGUUCUCGAUCUAGAGUAG